GAAGUAACCAGGGAGCUAUGCCCCAAUCUUCUUCGACAUUAUGCAUUCCAGGUUAGGGUUUCUAUUGGCAUGCAAUUCCAGAAGAAAACCUCCGCUCCUUGCUACUUUCUUCAGAAUCUUCACACACAAUACUCUAAGCAAUCCCUCAACAAGUGCGGUACUUAGUUCUUCAAAAAUCAACCAUGGAGGUCCCUUCUUCCGGUUCCUUUCAUCGAUUAUGCACUGCGGCGGAAGACGUUAUAUUAGUGGCCAUGCAGUUGAUCAGUUCUCAGACGAUGAGUACGAAUGCGAUUACGAGAACCAUCCGGCAUCAUCAUCGGUGGCAAAUAUUGAUGAGUGGAAGUGGAAACUUAGCAUGCUGUUAAAUAGCGGAACGGACCAAGAGAUUGUGACCAGAGAUAAGAGAGACAAGAGAGACUUUGAGCAAAUAUCUAAUCUUGCCAAGAGAAUGGGCCUUUACUGUGAAAUGUAUGGAAAAGUGGUGGUUGCGAGCAAGGUGCCUCUUCCCAACUACAGGCCAGAUCUUGACGAUAAGCGGCCCCAACGGGAGGUAGUUAUCCCAUUAAGCUUGCAAAGAAGAGUCGAAGGUUUGCUCCAAGAGCAUCUUGAUCGAAUGCAAUUGUAUUCCGGAGAUGUUGCUUCUAGUAAGAGUGAAACUAGUCAUCAGGCUGAGCUUGUUAACAAUGGUGGUCAUCCAGAUUCUUUGGUAGAUGGGUCUCUUAUGGAAAAGGUUCUUCAGAGGCGGAGUUUGCAAAUGCGAAAUAUGCAACGAGCAUGGGAGGAAUCACCAGAAGGCAAGAAGAUGUUACUGGCACGUAUGUCUCUUCCUGCAUUCAGAGAGAAGGAAAGACUGCUUCAAGCAAUUGCACAGAAUCAGGUUAUUAUCAUCUCUGGAGAGACCGGAUGUGGCAAGACUACUCAACUUCCACAAUACAUAUUGGAGUCUGAGAUAGAAUCUGGUCGUGGUGCAUUCUGUAAUAUAAUUUGUACACAGCCUCGGAGAAUAUCUGCCAUGGCCGUUGCAGAAAGAGUUUCUACUGAAAGGGGAGAGCCUCUUGGUGAAUCGGUUGGUUACAAAGUUCGAUUAGAGGGGAUGAAAGGGAAAAACACCCACCUGCUUUUCUGUACAAGUGGUAUUUUGCUUCGGAGGCUGUUGAGUGACCACAACUUGCAUGGUGUAACCCAUGUCUUUGUUGACGAAAUUCAUGAGCGAGGCAUGAAUGAAGACUUCCUAUUGAUUGUAUUAAAGGAUCUUCUUCCACGCCGAAGAGACCUGAGAUUGAUACUGAUGAGUGCUACACUGAAUGCCGAGCUAUUUUCCAAUUACUUUGAAGGUGCACCAAUGAUUCACAUUCCUGGCUUCACUCACCCAGUGAGGGCACAUUUUUUAGAAGACAUAAUAGAAAUCACUGGGUAUAAGUUGACUCCUUUCAACCAAGUUGAUGAUUACGGCCAAGAAAAAUUGUGGAAAACACAAAGACAGCUAGUUCCACGCAAAAGGAAAAACCAGAUAACUGUUCUUGUUGAGGAUGCCUUGAGUCAAUCAAGUCUUGAAAAUUAUAGUUCCAAGGCACGCGAAUCUCUGUCUUGCUGGACACCGGAUGUUAUUGGGUUUAAUCUUAUUGAGGCAGUUUUAUGCCAUAUUUGCCGUAAGGAAAGACCAGGUGCCGUCCUUGUAUUUAUGACCGGCUGGGAUGAUAUAAAUUGUUUGAAAAGUCAACUUAGAUCCCAUCCUUUACUUGGGGAUCCUAACAGGGUUCAUUUGCUAACAUGCCAUGGUUCCAUGGCAACGUCUGAACAGAACCUCAUAUUUGAGAAGCCAUCUCCAAAUGUGCGUAAAAUAGUACUCGCCACAAAUAUGGCAGAAGCAAGUAUCACAAUAAAUGACGUAGUUUUUGUGGUUGACUGUGGAAAAGCUAAAGAGACUACUUAUGAUGCCCUGAAUAAUACUCCUUGUCUACUACCUUCAUGGAUAUCACAAGCAUCUGCGCGGCAAAGAAGAGGUAGGGCUGGCCGUGUACAACCAGGAGAAUGCUUCCACCUCUAUCCCCGAUGUGUUUUUGAAGCUUUCUCUGAAUAUCAGCUACCUGAGCUUUUAAGAACUCCCUUAAAUUCUCUUUGCUUGCAAAUUAAAAGUUUGCAGGUUGGUAGUAUUGGAGAAUUUCUGUCAGCUGCACUACAGCCACCAGCACCAUUAGCUGUCCAAAAUGCUGUGGAUUUUUUGAAGAUGAUUGGAGCAUUAGAUGAGAAUGAGAAUCUUACGCAUCUUGGUGAAUAUUUGGCAAUGCUUCCAUUGGAUCCCAAGCUUGGGAAAAUGCUAAUAAUGGGUGCUUUCUUUCGUUGCUUUGAUCCUAUUCUUACAAUUGUUGCUGGACUUAGUGUCAGAGACCCUUUCCUUUUGCCUCCAGAGAAGAAAGAGAAAGCUAGUACUGCAAAAUCUAGAUUUUCUGCAAAGGAUUACAGUGAUCAUAUGGCUCUUGUCCGUGCAUAUGAAGGAUGGAAACAAGCUGAAAGAGAAGGAUCCGCUUAUGAGUAUUGCUGGAAAAAUUUCCUUUCUGCCCAAACGCUUCAGGCUAUACAUUCUCUUCGGAAUCAGUUUAACUACAUCUUGAAAGAUGCUCUAUUGCUUGAGGCUGAUGCAGGCGUUAACAACAGAUUGAGUCAUAAUCAAUCAUUGGUUAGAGCCAUUAUAUGUUCAGGACUCUUUCCUGGCAUUGCAUCUGUAGUGCACAGGGAGGCAUCGAUGUCUUUCAAAACUAUGGAUGAUGGCCAGGUCUGGCUCUAUACAAAUUCUGUUAACAAACAAUACCAGACAAUUCCAUAUCCCUGGCUUGUCUUUGGGGAAAAGGUGAAGGUCAACAAUGUAUUCAUACGUGAUUCUACUGGUGUGUCUGAUUCGAUUCUAAUCCUCUUUGGUGGUGGUCUAGUCAAUGGAGUUUUGCCUGGACAUUUGAAAAUGCUAGGAGGAUAUAUUGAUUUCUUCAUGGAUCCUACAUUGGCGGAGUCCUAUGUGAGCCUAAAGCAGGAACUUGAUCAGCUUUUGCAAAAGAAGCUUAAAGAUCCAAAUGUUGACAUCCACAAAGAAGGCAAGUAUCUGAUGCUUGCUAUUCAGGAGCUUGUGUCGGGAGAUCUAUGCGAAGGGAGGUUUGUAUUUGGCCGUGAAAGCAAAAAGCCCAAAGAAUCACCUGAAAACGAUAGUUUCACAAGAGAUGGAGCAAACCCAAAAAGUUUGUUGCAAACUCUGCUGAUGAGGGCAGGCCACUCUCCUCCAAAAUACAAAUCAAAACAUUUAAAAACAAAUGAAUUCAGGGCGUUGGUAGAAUUCAAAGGAAUGCAGUUUGUAGGAAAACCGAAAAGAAACAAACAGCUUGCAGAACGGGAUGCUGCUGUUGAGGCAAUGGCCUGGUUGACUCACACUUCUGGUGCAAAGAAAGAUGAAGGUUAUCCAAAUUCCCCUCCUGAUCUCACCGAUAACAUGCUGAAGAUUCUGAGUAAGCCCCGAAAACCCAACUCUCGUUCUGGUCGAACUUGAAAUACAUCUUCUGGUAGGAUAUGAUAGAAGGGGCAUCAAGUUUUGGUGGUUUUGAUAUGCGAAAAUCCGAUUGCCAUCGCUCCUAUGAGGACCCAUUUUGGAACUGUAUUUGCUUUACUCUUUGGGGUGGGAGAGGCAAAAGGUUCUAAAUGGCGUUAAGUGUCGCGGGGCGGCGAAGUCAAGCAUCAAGCUUUUGGAGCCACUGUGAGGCUACGACGUUUUUCAAGGUGUGAUUUAUAGUGGCAAAUUUGUAUGUAUAUAUAUAAUUAUAGAGGACAAAUCAAAUAGAAACCAUGUAAAUGUUGCACACCUUACAAACCAAUCUCAGCGCUAGAUUUUGUGUAUUUUGAAAAUUUUAGGCCGUUAUCAAAUUAGUUGCAGAUAAGGUUGAGAGGAAAUUUCGGAACCGAUUUAAUCCACAUCAUUGACAUUGAUUUGAUAAUCUUCACGGACGGUUGAGAUUGGUCCGUAAGAUACGUAACAUUUACAUGGUUUGUAUUUGAAACAACCUCUAUAAUUAUAUAUAUACACAUGUUAUUUACUAUUAUAAGUUGGGUCAAUGAUAUUAAACAAUUUAAAUUAUGUUGUAUACUAAAAACAAAAAGCAAGACACAAAAAUGGUAAGAAAAAUCAAAUAUUGUAUUACAAAAACCGCACAUUGAGUCAAGAAGUACCACAUGCUUAACAUGGUGCGAGACAUGAGAGGUAGAAGUAAGACAUGUAAUAUACUUGUUUGGUUGCUUUACUCUUAGAGAUAGAGAUAGAG